AUGUCCUCCUUUGAAGAAUACAUCACGAAGGCAGUCCGUGAUGGCGUCCUCCCCGGCGCCGUUCUCUACGCAAAGGACAAAUCAGCUAACAACAAAGGAGAUUUGGACUACUCCAAGAUCAUAUCUCCCUCGUCCCCGUCUCACAUCCCAGCCCUGCAGCCCUCGACAACCCUCUUCCUUGCCUCCGCCACGAAACUAAUCACCACCGUCGCGGUCCUCCAGCUCGUCGAGCGUGGCCUCGUGACCCUUGACGAAGACAUAUCCUCCCACGUCCCCGCCCUUGCUUCCCAGCAAGUCCUCCGCGGUUUCGAAAAGGGAGAAGAAGGAAAACCCAUCCUCGAACCCCGCAACAACCCCCUGACCCUCCGCGCCCUCCUCACCCACUCCGCCGGCACGGCCUACGACUUCCUCUCCCCGUCCCUGAUCCAGCGCUGGCAAGCCCUGCACGGCAUCGUACCCGUCUCCGGCGGGGAUGUCGAGGCGCGAUUCUCGUACCCUCUUUUGCACCAGCCCGGCGAGGACUGGACUUACGGCAACGGGAUCGACUGGGCCGGCCGCGUCGUCGAGGUCCUCACGGGCGUCGACCUCGGGAGCUACAUGCAGACAAACAUAUUCGGGCCCCUUGGCCUGACCUCCUUCACGUUCUCCAGAGCCGAGGUCGUGAGGCAGGGUACGCUCUGGCCCCUGAGCGGCCGCGACCCAUCGACGGGUAAGGUGGUCCCGUACACCGGCCUCGACCUCGAAGCCGGCGCCACGUCGCCUCUGGGCGGGCAGGGGCUCUACGGGAGGAUGGACGAGUACGUCCAGAUCCUGCACUCCCUCCUCGUCGACGACGGGAAGCUCCUGCGCCCGGAGACCGCGGCCGCCAUGUUCGAGCCGCAACUGGGCGAGGUGCCCAAGAGGGCCCUGCUGCGCGAGAUGGAGGACCCUUCGUGGACCGUGGGCGACUUCCCCGUCACGCGGGAGUACGACUGGGGUCUUGGCGGGCUCCUCGUCGACGGGGACGCCCAUCCGCACCGGAAGAGGGGGAUGUUGAUCUGGGGCGGCGCGGCGAACAUCUCUUGGUGGAUUGAUCGCGAGGCCGGCCUUGCCGGCGUGUUCGGCACGCAGAUCAUGCCGUCCGGCGAGGUCGUGACCGAGGACUACAUCAAAGCGUUCGAGGGUGAGAUGUAUGCGAGGGUCGCGGCUCUGAAGCGUGGGGGAAAGAAGCAGUAG